GAAGAUUUUGACAACAGAAUGGUCAACCAUUUCAUUGCAGAGUUCAAGUGCAAGCAUAAGAAAGACAUCAGUGAAAACAAGAGGGCUGUCAGACGCCUCCGCACUGCUUGUGAACGUGCAAAGCGCACACUUUCUUCCAGCACCCAGGCCAGUAUUGAGAUAGAUUCACUGUAUGAGGGAAUCAACUUCUAUACUUCCAUUACCCGAGCCCACUUUGAAGAAUUGAAUACUGAUCUUUUCCGUGGCACUCUGGACCCUGUGGAGAAAGCUCUGAGGGAUGCUAAGCUAGACAAGUCACAGAUCCAUGAUAUUGCUCUGGUGAGUGGUUCUACCAGAAUUCCCAAGAUUCAGAAGCUUCUUCAGGAUUUCUUCAAUGGAAAGGAGUUGAACAAGAGCAUCAACUCUGAAAAUGUUCAAGAUUUGCUGCUCCUGGAUGUCACUCCACUUUCUCUUGGUAUUGAAACUGCUGGUGGAGUCAUGACUGUCCUCAUCAAGCGGAAUACAACCAUUCCUAACAAGAAGACACAAACCUUCACAACCUACUCUGACAACCAGCCUGGUGUACUCAUUCAGGUCUAUGAAGGUGAGCGUGCCAUGACCAAAGAUAACAACGUGCUUGGCAAGUUUGAGCUCACUGGGAUACCACCUGCACCUCGUGGUGUUCCUCAGAUUGGAGUCACAUUUGAUAUUGAUGCCAAUGGUAUCCUGAAUGUUUCUGCUGUUAACAAGAGCACUGGGAAAGAAAACAAGAUUACCAUCACCAAUGAUAAGGGCCACUUGAGUAAGGAAGACAUUGAACGAAUGGUCCAGGAGGCUGAGAAGUACAAAGCUGAAGAUGAGAAGCAAAGAGAUAAGUUGUCUUCUUUUUUUUUUCGAAGAGAUAAAGUGUCUUCUAAGAAUUCCCUUGAGUCUUACGCACUUAAUAUGAAAGCAACAGUUGAAGAUGAAAAGCUUCAAGGCAAGAUCAAUGACAAGGACAAGCAGAAGAUCCUUGACAAGUGCAAUGAAAUGAUCAACUGGCUUGAUAAGAAUCAGACUGCAGAAAAGGAGGAAUUUGAGCAUCAGCAGAAGGAACUAGAGAAGGUCUGCAACCCCAUCAUCACCAAGCUGUACCAGAGUGCUGGAGGCAUGCCCGGAGGCAUGCCUGGUGGCUUCCCUGGUGGUGGAGCUCCUCCAUCUGGUGGUGCCUCUUCUGGACCCACCAUUGAAGAGGUUGACUAA